UGGUGAUUACGCAUUACAUUGAGACACAACACUCAGAUGAAAUAGCUAAAUGCGGUCAGCGGAUAGUUCGUAUACAACAACAUUUCUGACAUACGCCAUGUCGCCCGUUUCCAGCUGAUGUCCGUCCCUCGUUUGACGUUUAUCGGACGUUUGUUAUUUCUCUAGGUGCAUAUUCCCGAUAAUCGAAAUUGCGCAAUCACACAGAGAAGGGUGUUGUAGCAGGCGUCCUCUCUCAUGCGUGAUUCGGUCGUGAUCCAAUAAAUAAUCUACCUCUGUCGAGAGAAUGGCCGAGCUGGAUGACUUAUUUCACACGGAUCAAUAUGUAGGCCCGGAACGUCUCACCGAUUUGUGCUUCAAGCUGAUCUGCGAGAAUCUCGACAUUAUUUCGAUAAAAGGAAAACGCGGUCAUCGAAUAUUACGGAAGGGAAUAACCUUUCCUAGCGAGAUAUGCGACAAGAUUAUCGAAUAUGCGCAGCACAGCGAGGCCACCGAGGACGACGAUUGUUUCUUCUCGAUUUUCAAAAAUUUAACAGCCACCCGACUGAAACACGUAAAAAUCUCCAAUUGCAGCUUGACCGACGUCUCGGUUAACACGCUUGUUAAUCACAAACUCUACGACUUAGAACUAACCGAUUGUAGUAAUUUAACGGAACACUGUAUCGAAUAUAUUAAUGACAAUUCGGAGAAUCUGCAUAAUUUAGCGUUUCACGGAACUUCAAUGGUCGUACCAUCCAGUUUGAAUACAGUUGAUUCAUCCAUCAAUUACUACGAACGAGAAUACGUUUUUAAAACGCCAAAUUUAAGACGUUUGGCAUUAGGAUAUGUAGGAAUACCUGCGUCGGAAUAUUCUAUGCUUCUAAAAGGAUUAACCCAUCUGACGCAUUUGGAUCUAUCUAAUAGUUUUGACAUUGAUACAUUUGAUUUUUAUUACCGGGUACCAAAUUUAGUGUCUUUAACUUUAUACAAUGUCAGGGUCAAUACCGAUCCAAAAUCUUUUGUUAGAAACAUUUGUCAGUUGAAGAAUUUAAGGCAUUUGGAUAUUUCACAAUCGAAUUACAAGCAUGGACAGUUUGAUAAUCCCAAUAAGAUUUUAAGUGAUUUAGUGAAUGGUUUACCCCAGUUGGUAUCCUUAGAUAUCGGCGGCACAAAUCUCGCGGGUAGAGGUGUAGCCGAACGUCCCGUCGAUACAAAAAUUGAGGAUUCUAAUUUUGGUCAGCUUUCUGACAUACCAGGUCUUGCGUCCAGAAUAAACAAGCCAUUACAAUUUUUAGGACUUUAUGGUACUGCUCAUGGUGCUUGCAGGAGGCAUGACAUACCAGCAAAAGUAGUGGCUGGUGAUGCAAAUGAAGAUCAAAUAUUGAUCGCAGCUCAUGUUUGUAUGGACAAUAAGCAAGAAUUAUUACAAAAGGUACUGAGCGAUUUGUAUCACGUAUUUAGGUAUGAAAAUUGUCAUAGAAUGGAUCAAGCAUUAUGUACUGUCUUGGAAGCUAUGGAAAAGCAUCCAGCUCAGAAACAUAUACAGAUAUCAGGAAGCGCUACAUUAUUUUACAUAGUGAAGAUGAAGGAAAAGGGUGAACUAGUAGCGCGAAUGAAGAGGAGGAUUAUUAGUACCUUACUUGCCGGUAUGAGCGCGCACAGAGACGAGGAGACUAUGAUGAGGAACGGUUGUUUGGCAUUGUGUCAAUUCCGCAUACCUCAAGAUGUGAUGUCGAAUUACGAAGCGCUCGUGAAGGUGCUUCUACAUUCAGCCAAACAUUCGGAACCGGAGAGUUUUGUCCAAAGAAUCGGCAUAUAUCUAUUAAACUCUUUGGCUUGUCAAGUGGAGGGUAAAGAGAAGAGACUACUUGGCAAAUUAGGUUGUGUUAAAACUAUGUUAGAAUUGGUCGAAUAUAGGGUGGAAUCUAAUAUAUUUGACGACGUAUUAGAGGUCGCAUGGUCAACCAUGUGGAACAUGACGGAUGAAACGUCCGUAAAUUGCCAACGGUUUUUAGAUGAAAAAGGCAUGGCGCUUUUUCUUCUAUGCGUGAAGCAAUAUCCACAUAAGGAAGAAUUGCUGAGAAAUAUGAUGGGAUUACUCGGCAAUGUGGCGGAAGUUGAAUAUCUUCGAAUCCAUCUCAUGCAGGAACGAUAUGUAACUGUUUUUGCCAGUCUGUUACGCUCCAAUAGCGACGGAAUUGAGGUUCCAUAUAACGCCGCUGGUAUAUUGGCACACAUGGCUUCCGAUGGCCUUGAAGCUUGGACGAUAGAAAAGCCAACUCGCAAUGAGGUCCUUAAAUACAUGGUACAAGCGAUCGAAAGUUGGGAUUUAAAUGCAGAACGUAAUAUCAAUUAUCGCUCGUUCGGACCAUUAUUGCGUCUAUUAGAUGUAUAUCAUACUUCUCCGUGUCAACAUUGGGCUGCUUGGGCUCUCGCCAAUCUCACCAAAGUAUAUCCAUUCAAAUAUUGCGCAUUGGUAGUAAAAGAAGGAGGAAUGGAGAAACUACACACAGUGAUAGCGGAUCCCAGACCGUACGAACGUAUAAAAGAACUUGCGAGUUUAGUGAUUGAAAAUUGCUAUCAAUACGAGACCCAUUCCGACGAUGUAAACGUUUCAUCGGCCUUAGAUCCGGAAUAUAGUCUCGAUGGUUAAAAAAGAUUGUUAGUAACGUCAUCGUUACGCACGUUGCAUAACUUAUGUUGUCUCUUUAGACAAAACAAAUUAUAAUUAGUACCAUUAACGGAUGAACAAUAGCAGAAGGAUUUAAGUACAUACAUAGGGAAGCCAGAUUAAAAAGUGUGUUAAAUCAACUCUAUGAGAAUUUUUUCGACGAAAAACAAUGGAAACGAACGGAUGCUCAAUAUUAUAAUUACAAAGGUUGUAUAUGGAUGCGUGUAUACGUGCGUACGUGCGUGUAUGUAUGUGUGAAUGUAUGCGUGCGUUUAAACAUGUAUAAACGCAGAAUAUUUUGAAAUGACUAUUCAAUUACCGGCAAAUAUUCAUACCGUAUAAACUAUUGCUGAUAAUGAAUAGUCGAUUUUGAACCGAGAAUACUUUGUCCAAUCGAUGUACAUAGUUCGCUUAUAUCGUACUGUCAAGCCUUCAUAUUCUUAACACCCCUAUUCUUAAUGAACUAAACUUCCAUAAGCUGAGUCUCUCGCGUUGUUCUUUCACUACACAUUCGCCACUUUUUCAUGCAUAGAAUGAAAAUGGCUAAUGAAAUUAUGGACAUGUAUGAA